GUUGCCUCAUCAGGUGUAGAGUAGGUAGAAUAUCUACGCCUCAUUCAUCUUCACUAUUACUCCCACUGCAUCGAAUUAAAUGAAUUGAUUCAUUGCAAGGAUGGUCAACAUGGCAACGUACGCAAAUGUGGCAUACAAACAAGAAAAUGGAACACUAACACUGAAUGACAAGGUGUUUCACUACCAAGCCGAUGCUCCCAGCAAGACAUCGGUGAAAUGCAGUUGGGCCCGGGUGGAAAAGCGACAAUUGUCUCCAGCAUCGAGCAAACAACACAUGAUCAAACUCUUACUAGUGUCGGGCAAGACGGCCGUCUUUACCAUAAAGAAUCGACAAAUGCUCGAAGAUUUGCGCACAUCCUGUCAAGCCCACAUGGAAGCGGCCAAGGCAGCAAACGCCAUUGAAGAUCCUAAACGCUCCAUACGACAAAGUCAACGUGAUACCACUAUGGAUUCGCAACAACGGAAUGCGAGUGUCACUUCGUGGCAUGAUGAACCCGUCAACGAUGAAGACUAUUCAAAAAAGAAUCUCAAUACUUUGUGUUCUCUCAUUUGUGCUGGAAUGAUUUGUUGCAUCAUUUUGAUGUGUAUCCAGUUCUUUUUGAUUUAUUGGUUCCACUUGAAAGAAGACGUUCAAACUAUAUUCACAGAAACAACGGGUAGUAUUAUGGAGGAUGAUCGCAGUCGACCCCCGGAUGUCGGAAAAGAAUCCCGCUACGGCAUUCGCUCGGUUAAUCAUGAGUGGGAUUCCGAUGAAGUGUCCCUCCAAUAUGAAUUGUCCGACUAUAUUAUGGACGAUUCCGUCAAAUUCAUUUUAUAUGACGGACUCGAUUGUCGUCGUUCCGAUAAGGAUAUUACCCGGGACAAUCAAUGGCUCUUUAUUUUCCUCAAUAAUCCCGUGGGAGAUGGCGGCGCCAAACUCUACAAUGAAGGACGCGGCACUCGCGAUUUUGAAGUGCAUUUUACACUCAACAAGGGACAAAUCACCGAUGCACCCUUUUUCACACCUAAUGGAUUGGAUGCCGGACGAUUGUCCUUUUGUGUUGGACUUUCCGUGUCCUACAAUAAAGUGGAUUAUUGGGAGUAUACUGAAGAAGUCAACGCCGUCGAGAGAGCUGUUCAAAUGGAUAUCGACUUGUCCGAUUUUAGAAGAAUUGAUGAUUUCAUCAUACGAACCAUUGUUCGACCGAAAUACUAUAGGAGGGAAUUAUCAUCGGGCAGUAUUGCUUUGCGUGGUUCCACAGAGUCGAUCGAUUUCUUGGAGUGGCAAGAAGAAGAAGAAACACAGCAAUAUUCCAUCUAGGGAACCAAGUGGCAAAGGAAUAGAGCUGUUGGUGUCGGGACGAUUCGAUUCGACUCGAUUCGAUUCGAUUCGUCCUGUGUUGUGAAAUAGUGGUUGUUUGGUGAUGGAAACACCCAUAGCAUCAGCAAAUGGAGCAACCCAAGAUGGAGCAAAGUCGCAACGGGCAUUUGGCUGAAAACUUGUGUGUGGAUGUGGAAAAUCG